AUGGACUCGGACAGCAGGGGCCGCCGGGGACGGGCGCGAAACAGCCGAGGUUCAUCACGUUCAGCCGGCGGCCUACGUCUCUUCAGCUUGAAAGUUGUUGAGAAGAUACGCUCACGUGUCCGCACCACCUACAACGCGGUGGCCAAUGAACUGGUCAGCGAUCAGAAUAUGUCUGGUGGAAACGCUAGAGAUGGAAAGAGCAUCCGUCGGAGAUGCUACGAUGCAAUAAAUGUUCUCCUGGCGUGCGGCCUCAUCAUGAAAGACGACAAAAAGCAAAUUGUUUGGCGAGGACAUGGCUGCGUCGAGCUCGACCGGUUGCGUGCUGAGGUCGAAAAGAAGGCGCAGGAUGUGGAGCAGAAGAAAAAGCUGCUGCAGGACAUGGAACGCAAACACAAGACACUGGAGGCCUUGCUGGCGCUGGGCGCGAGUCGCGAAGCCGAUGCUCAGGACAGCGGCUGCGGCAGUGGUGGCAGCUCAAGUGCCUGCAGCGGGAGCUCCCAGACCAGCCAGCGAUACACCAUUCCGUUCAUGCUCGUCCAGGUGCGCAGGUAG